AUGCGCUCAAUUCUUCACGUGCUGUUAAGUUCAGGAAUGGGACAAAUUGGUGAUCCUAAAAAGCUCAUAGGUGGGGCCGUGGAUUAUGACAAUAUGAGCCCCUCCGUCUUCCUCCUAUGGCUUGUCACAGUUCCUUUCCUAGCCUACUCUUCCCAUGCUUCUGUCCCACUUCUAGGGUAUUAUAUAGACUGUGGAGGUUCGAAGGAGGUAACGGUAGACAAUCUGAAAUACGUUCCUGAUGGAAGUUACAUCAAGGUGGGAAACAUCACCCCGAUCAACAAGCCAGGCUUGUUGCCUAUACUGUCCACACUGCGUUACUUUCCCGACGCGUCGGCCAGAAAAUAUUGCUAUUCGUUGCCGGUACUCAAGGGCAGCAAAUACCUGGUGAAGACCGUGUACUACUACGGAGGUUUCGAUGGAGGGAAGCAGCCUCCGGUGUUCGAUCAAAUCAUUGAAGGGACAAGAUGGAGCGUUGUGAACACCACGGAGGACUAUGCCAAAGGCCUUAGCUCCUACUUUGACAUCACGGUGGUGCCUUCGGGGAAGACCUUGAGCGUGUGCUUGGCCAGGAACGAACACACCGGUAACUCAAGCCCUUUCAUUUCGGCCCUGGAGGUGAGGAACUUGGAUGCUUCUUUGUAUAAUCCCACUGACUUCUCCAAGUACGCGCUUGUAACCGUCGCCAGAAGUGCCUUUGGAGCUGAAGAUAUCAUUGGGUAA